AUGGGCGACGGCCGCGUCACGCUCAGCUAUAAAGCAGGCGAUUGCGGGCUAGUUGCAAACUUCAAGAGAGAUCUGCGUGAUGCUGGAUGGGUUCCCCGAUCACACUUUUGCAAAUCCGAGUCAAUCCGAACGGAGUUGGGUGCAGGAGCUGGACUGGGUCUUGGCACAGGGCGGACGAGCUGUGUGCAGCGGGGUGUUGUCGCUGGUUAUCUGGCUGGCUGUUCGGAGGGCUUGCAAAUGGAGAUGUGGAUUGGCUGCGUUCUCCUGGCGAUGCUCCAGUGGCGGCUGUGCGGUGCUAUCCAGUGGCUAGGCAUCGCAGUGAGCGGUGCGGCUUUAGCCUGGAACCAGACCCAACAUUGUAAACUGGCGGCCGGUUUAGUCCCGGAUCAGCUGCAGCUCUGUCGGAGGAACCUGGAGCUCAUGCACAGCAUAGUCUUCGCGGCGAAACAGACGCGUCUGGUGUGCCAGAACACCAUGGCAGACAUGAGAUGGAACUGCUCCUCUAUACACUUAGCGCCCCACUUCAAUCCGGAUUUAAACCGAGGAACAAGGGAAUCGUCCUUUGUGUAUGCUCUCUCUUCUGCUGCACUCAGUCACUCCAUCGCUCAGUUCUGUGCCUCUGGAGAGUUGCCCACCUGCUCCUGUGGCCCAGUCCCAGCAGAGGUGCCGGGGCCUGACUUCAGGUGGGGUGGCUGUGGAGACAACCUCCGCUAUGGGCUGCAGCUGGGAUCGGUUUUUGCAGAUGCACCAAUGAAAGGAAGUAGGACUGGAACUCAGGCAAACAGGUUGAUGAACAUGCACAACAAUGAAGUUGGCAGACAGGUGUUGAUCGAUUCAUUGGAAACCAAGUGCAAGUGCCAUGGUGUCUCUGGUUCAUGUUCCGUAAAAACCUGUUGGAAGGGAUUACAGGAUCUGCACAACAUUGCCAUGGACCUGAAAGCCAAGUACUUGGCAGCCACCAGAGUGACCCACCGUCACGUUGGUACCAAGAAACAGCUGGUGCCUAAGGAGCUGGACAUAAGGCCAGUAAGGGAGAGUGAGCUGAUUUACCUGGUGGGCUCACCUGACUACUGUACAAUAAAUGAAAAGCAAGGCUCCUACGGCACUCAGGAGAGACAAUGCAACAAAACAUCCGUGGGCAGCGACAGCUGUAACCUGAUGUGCUGUGGUCGGGGAUACAAUGCAUACACAGAGACGAUUAUUGAGAGAUGCAGUUGCAAAUAUCACUGGUGCUGUUAUGUGACCUGCAAAAAAUGUGAAAGGACUGCAGAGAGGUACGUGUGUAAGUAA